UGCUUUGAUUUCUCGUGGUAGCAUAUGGCGCCAAGGCAGACAGAUAUCUCUUUGCGGCUGACGUACCUUUUGUUCGCUUGCAUGAAUGCACUUUUUAACUUACAUGCUAGUAUUUUUCUCACUCUAGCUGCUCCAAAGAAAUAUGCAGUUUUCUUCAAGACGCCUCUGGUGUCCUGAGUGGGCCUGGUCAGCUGAUCGGGCGACUAGGUUGUCUGUCGAGGCAGCAGUUGUAGAGUAACAAGGAUGCACUCUUUUUCCUUACAAAUUUUGAUACAAAGAAGACACGAAUCUGCACAAAAAAGUAAUAAUUAUGUAUCUCACAAGACGGCAGAACAAGUGCAAUGACAAUAUCAGUUUAAUUUUUGUGUGUUCAAUUGAAAAAGUGAGUGAAUUCCAGAUUUUGGAUACUGAAAUGUAUAAAGUUGAAAAAAUCGUCGUAUAAAGACCAAUAAUGGCCACCUCGUUGUCAGGUUGCUAGUGUGUGACGGCGACUGUAGCGCCUUGGCUCGGACCAACAGCUGGCUCGUAUUUUGCGUCAGCUUCAAUUGAAUUUACAAUCAAUGAAUAUUGAUUUGGCGCUUUGACUUUGGCUUUCGACUUCCCCCAAUACGCGUGCACUUAGAGGAUACAAUGCAGCAGACCUCAAAUGGGUACUAGGUCCGCCAACACACGCUUACACAAAUUUAUGCGUUUGGCGAUUCAAGGUCAUAGACAAAGAACUGUCUGCCUUCGGCUUACAGGUGGCUGCAACUGGGACAGUGAUCUUCACACGGCUGCAACCAGCAAAAUCAAUGCAAUCUUUCUAACUCGGCACUACUGACCAGUAGGUCGAAGCGCAAUUUCGGUUAUUACAAAGACAUACUUUUAUAACGAAAUCAUGUACAAAUUGACGCGGACUCUUUUAUUGCCAAUAAUGGUGGUUAUUUUACCGUCAAUAAACGGUAAUUUGAAUGAAGAUACAAGAGUGCCGAAAAAUCAACUGAGUUUGUCAGAUAUAUUGGAAUACAACACCAUACUUUUCCCACUGACCACCGUAAGCAAAGCCGAACUAGUGGGUGAAGAAUGUCACGCGCGAUUGCAGGAGCUGCGACGAGGCAUUUUGCAGCGCGAAUUAUGGGCGCUUAAAGUACUUGACGCCUCCGGCAAGCAACCACCCGCUUUCAUGCUCGGCGACAACAUGUGGCUGGGUAGUGCUGAGCUGUGCAAGGCGGCACAGAGCGGCCUUAACUUGGAUAUUUCCCGUUAUGUGACGCACAAAAUGAAUAUGUCCCUGCUAACGGACAAAACGCCUUUUGAUGUGGACUAUCGCGUUAUUUAUGCCGCCCAUAAUUCCUCGUACCAAGCAGACGUCGUGUAUGGCCAGGCGCGGCAACUCUUACAUAUCGGUUUGUGCAUGCCGUCCGAGUGUAACUCUCAACAGUUGAUGGAGUUGGUGCCCGCAUAUUUUGCAAGUGAGAUUUUUCUUAGUGGCGACCUCCAUGUGAUCAAACCACGUGUGCUCAAAGUGAAGGCAAUGGAGUUUAAAGCGGGGGAUUUUUAUAAAAUGAUUGCAUUCAAAUUAGUCGUCGUUUUUGUCACAUACACAGUGUUUAUGACUUUGUGCGCUUAUUAUUUGCGCACAAGACGCUUACCAAGUACAAACGUUCAAGUAAAACCAAGCUCGUUAGAGGCUUUUGUACUUUGUUACGAUUUCCAAUUAAAUUGCUCGAAGAUACUAGCGCCGCCCGAUAGCGCGUCUAAUACAUUUGCUUUCUUGAAUGGUGGACGCAUUGAGAGUGCUCUUAUUGCCACAUUUUUCCAUACUUUCAUUAUGUUGAAAGCCAUUGUCAGCAAUCCGAUGCAGCUUUUCACUUAUGUGAGUAGUAUGGGAAAUAUGGAGGUGGCCAUGGAUGUGUUUUUACUAAUCAGUGGAUUUCUACAGACCUAUAGUUACUUGCGGAAUCGAAGUCAAUUGGAAACUAUAAGACGAUUCAACUUCAGUCGAAGUGUUUUGGAAAUCGUCAAGCUGACAUUUCACCGUUUUCUCAGAUUAGCACCACUCUACUAUUUUAUGCUAUGUGUUACCUAUUUAACGAUGAAAUACAACGACAGUACAACCGUGUUUAAUUUAUCGGGUUUUGUAACGGAAAACUGCGAGCAUUACUGGUGGCGCAACGUGCUCUUCAUACACAAUUUAUACAAUCAUAAAGAGAUGUGCUUGGCAUGGACCUGGUUUGUGUCUUUGGAAAUGCAAUUUACGAUCACCUUGACAGUGCUCUUGGUUAUUUAUGCUAAACACCCAAAGUAUGCUAAGAUUUCUCUUUUGCUGCUAAUGAUAUCAUCUUUGGUAUAUCAAACAAUCGUGGGCUUACAGGUGAACUUUCAGAUAUCUUUGGAGACCACAUUUACGUACUUUACCCAGUUCUAUGCGCAUCCGCUAGUCCGAAUUUUUCCAUAUCUCUUCGGUGCUCUCACUUGUUGGCUUUACCUCGAAUAUAAUGCACAGCUUCAAUCUUUUAAAUUAUUAACGAAUUUCUACUGCCAACUCAUUCAUUUGGUAUUUAUGAUUUGUAUGCGACCCGCUCCAUUGGGGCGUGGCUAUUCAGUGUGGGUAGAGACCUUUGUUUUCGUACUACAACGUUGUCUUUAUACUAUGAGCGGCUGUUGGUCCAUUAUUGCUGCGGCGAAUAAUCAACUCGCUUGGCAUGGUCGUUUUCUGAGUGCCAAAAUCUUUCAGAAAGCAAUUCAUGUGUCCUAUGCCUUAUCGUUGCUGAAUUCUCUGGUUAUUAUUUGUCUUUUUACGGCGGGCAGUAAGUUGGUGUUUGUGGAACCGAUCCGAAUGUUUGUGCUUUAUAUCGGACUUAUCAUUAUUUUGUAUAUAUUAUCGUUCCCGUUAACGGUACUCUUUGAAAUGCCUUACCGCAAUAUUUCCAGUUUAUUGACAAAGCGAGGUUCGGCGAAGCGAGUGAAGUCAUCUUAACUUUGUCUAACGACAGUAUCUACCAAUAAUGUUUAUAUAAAUUAAAAACAAAAAAUUUUUUAUAAUAAAUCAAUCGUUUAUUAUAUUUAA